AUGUCCGGAUACUACGAGCCUCCUCAACCCCAAUGGCCUCCCGCCGGCGGCCAAGCCUCGGGCUGGGAACACCAGACCCCUCCUCCUCCGCCCGCGCGGUCCGGUGCUAGCUCUGCCGUCCCCCGCGAGGAGCCCACCGCUUUUGCUUAUCAGCUCGAGGAGGUCGACCGCGCGAUCGACAACCUCGUCAAGAGCGGAAAGAUGUUUGGGAUGCCUGGUGGCCGCCGUGAGUCGUUUCCUGUUCCCGGCCCAGCCAGAUUCUACCCAGACUUCGGCGGCCGUAUGGGAGCUGGACCUGGUCCCCGCCCCCACUCCAUGGUCGACUUCAACGAUGCGCGCGGCCCUCACCAGCCCUCCAACUUGCAAACCUUCUAUGCUACCCAACGUCACCAGCCCUCGCGCGGCUCCAACGAGGCGGAGCAGAUGAUGCAGGCCAAGAGGAGACUGGCUGCCCAGCGGGAGCGUGAGCUUAGGAACUACCACCAAGAGCAACAAUACAACCGAAGCGUCCUUGCCGACUCAUCCUCGCAGUUCGGUGCCAAACCGGAUCGCACCCUGAGCCCAGGCAGCGGCAUGUCCGAAGAUGAGCGCCGCAAACUGAUCGCCUCGCAGCGCAGUGCCUUGUACGGCGAACAGGGCUUCCCUGAUGCCGGCGUUUAUGGUGAAGAGAACGCCGGUCCUCGGUUUGGCUUGACCGCUGGCCAGAACCUUCGCGGACCUUCUCCGUUGGCCUAUGAUUACAACCAGGCCCCUCCCGGCUUCCCACCCCAGUCCCAGAUUGAGGGCGCCCAAGGAACUCAGUCUGCCGGCCCCCACGAGCGAUCGCGUGCUAACAGUAACACGAGCCCUCAAUCGAACCCGUCCGGCGGCAAGGGUAUCUUCGACGGUCCCAUCGGUCACCAGGCGAACCGUACUAGUGCCUCGUCUCCUGGAGGCUCACCGCCGCGUCAAGGUGCUCCCGGUAGCAAGCCCGGACAAAACACCGUCGCGCCCAUUGGAACCCGGCCAUCGACCAGCAAUACCGCAACUAACCCUGCUUUGCACAAGGUUUCCACGACCUCUCUUCCGUCCCCGUUGAACCAAAGCUACAACGGUACGGCUAACAAUGAGGCUGGCAACAACGGUUCCGCCGCUCCUUUUUCGGCGACUACUGAGGGCCCCAGUGUUGGUCUUUCUGGCUGGGGUACCCGUUCCAACGGCUGGGGCAAGGUGGGCAAUGUCCAGGCCAGCGUGUGGGGUUAG